GAAUCGCCGGCGAAAUCAGCUCCAUUUUCUUCAAAUUCCGACCCCCCGUUUAGCCGGAAACUAGUCACCGGAGUUUCUACUUUCUCCUUUUUCACCCCGCCGCGGUGCAGAUACCGAUGUUACAUCGGAGGCUCUGCACGAUUCUAGCAAACCCUAACCCUAGCCCGCUUCUCCUUCGCCGGAAAUUCACAAACCCUUUCCCGUGUUCGGGUCGGAACUCGAGGCCCCUCUCUGCGACGAGAGUCUUGAAUCACAGGUUACAGACGCAGAUUCCGGCGAUUCGACGCCUCAUUUCUUCAACCUCGCAGAUGAGCCACGCCAGAAGACCGGAGGCGGUUCAUAUUCCUUCCCCUGAUAAGGCGAACAAGAAGGAGGUCUACCGCGCUUUGGAGGCCGCGCUGGGGUCUCCAUUCAGCUCCUCUCCGACAGCUCCAAACCCUAACCCUCUGAUCAUCGUGAUCAGCGGGCCCAGCGGUGUCGGAAAGGACGCGGUCAUCAAACGGCUCCGGGAAGUGAAACCCAACAUCCAUUUCGUUGUCACCGCCACCAGCAGGCCAAAACGAGCAGGGGAAGUGGAGGGGAAAGACUACUGCUUCGUGACGAAAGAGGACUUCCUCUCUAUGAUCGAAAGAGACGAGCUUCUGGAGUACGCGCUGGUUUACGGAGACUACAAGGGGGUUCCCAAGCAGCAGAUAAGGGAAUUCAUGGGGAAAGGGUGCGAUAUCUUGUUGAGGGUGGACAUACAGGGGGCAGCAACCCUGAGGAAGAUCCUGGGGAACAGUGCAGUAUUCGUGUUCUUGGUUGCAGAGAGCGAGGAGGCAUUGGUGAAGAGAUUGAUCGAGAGGAAGACAGAGACGAGGGACACUCUUCUGGUGAGGAUUGCGACCGCGAGGGAGGAGGUGAGGCAUGUCAAGAAGUUUGAUUACGUCGUGGUGAACCGAGAAGGGGAGCUCGACAGUUCGGUGAAGCUGGUGGAGGCCAUCAUUGAUGCAGAGAAAGCCAGAGUCUUGCAGAGGAAUGCAACCAUCUGAAGUCUUGCAGAGUAUGUUUCUUUCAUUUACUUAGCUUGCUUUUGUGUGUUUUAUUGUUCUUGUUUUGCUAGUGUAUGUGAUGUGUUUGGAUUUGAGGCAAUGGCGUCUGCAACUAUUUUGGUUACGGU